CUCUCCCUCUCUUUCCAUGUCUUUCUGGUCUUCUGUGUGUGAGGACUCUGUGACAGCUUUUCCUGCUGCUUGUAGUGAACGGCUGAAAGGGAGUCAGACUCAAACUGAGGCAGACGCUUACACUGCUCAACGGUUAUUGGUCUAAAUGUUUUGAAUGGUCAAUUCUGGACUAAACUUCCCAAGACGUCUGAUGAAGUGUCUGAUGCUGCAGGACAACAGCUUUGAGAUUUAUAUGUGGCACUCUACUGUUGAUCAGUCAGCCACCUUGUCUUCUGCAGUCCUGGAAAUUAACAUAGUUUGUCGAUUAAGGGAAGACGAAGACCCAAGAUAUUCUGAGCAAACAAGGCCAAUGAGUGAGAAGCUUGAUCCAUCUAAAAAAAAUUAAAAUAAAAAACAGUGCACCAUGAGGAGAAACUGACUGCUUUACAUGUAUGUGUACAGCAAUGAUGUCAGACAGAGAACAAAAGCUAGCAAGAAAAGCCAAAGUCAGCAGGAGGUGUAGUGGAUGGGAUAUAAAAGAGGAGCGUGGGGACACAGGAAGUGUGGUUUGGAAACACAGGACAAAGCCAGGAUGAAUGUGAAAAGGAAGGAGAUGGAUUUCUUGAGCAACACUAUUGCUGCUUAUGCUCAUGUUAAAGCCAAUCCAGAGAGUUUCGGCCUUUACUUUGUCAUCGGCGUCUGUUUUGGCCUGGUGCUCACUCUUUGCCUCUUGGUCAUUCGGAUUUCCUGCAAGCCUCGGACCACUACGGCGCCCCCUACGCCAGAGAAAAAACAUCUGAAAGACUAUAGUGAGGAGGAGGAGGAAGAAGAUGAGGAGAGCGAUGACGAGGAGGAGGAAGAUGCAGUAGGCCUGGAGUCCACUAUCCAGCACAGCACCACAGAGAUCCCCAUGAGCAACCACCUCAUCACGCCGGACGGGACUCUGAGCAGGAACGUGUUCACCUCAGCUGAGGAGCUGGAGCGGGCACAGCGAUUGGAGGAAAGGGAGAGGAUCAUCAGGGAAAUCUGGAGAAACGGACAGCCGGAUAUUCUGGGAACAGGGACAGGCACUAUUGGAAGAGUGCACUACUACUAACACUCCUGAACACAAACUCAAGCCAUUUCACUGGUUGAGUGCAGUACUGUUAAUGGACAGAUUUUCCAAAUACUGAUGUUAUUGUUAUCCUACAGACCAUGGGUACAGCUGUUCUGUAUGCAAUAUUUGGUUGCUGUCAGUCCCCAUGUCAUGGUGCUUAUAAAAAAGUAAUUUUAAAGCACAAAUUUAGGCUUUGAUGUUGUUCAAAAAUUAUUUGUGAAUUGUACAUGAUUAUUAGAAGCUCAGUGAAAGUAAAUGCACUUUUGCACCAUGCCAUUAAUUCUGUAUAGAUUUUUUCCUUGUCCCCCCCCCCCCCCCCCGUCAAAUCAUGUAGUAACCCUGAACAGUAAUUAAAAUUUGCUGCAGAUGAGAUCAUUAUUUUCAUGAUUUAUACUAAUUUGUCUAAAUAAAUAAUAAUAAUAAAAAAGCUAAAGUUAAUUGUUUCUAAUGCAACAAUGUGAAAUAGCAAAUAGGCAUCACGACAUUGUAAUUUAUAUGAAAACUAGAUAUUACUUUUGAGAUUUACAAUGUAUUUCAAGAUUAAUUGUGAGAGAUAGAUCGUAAAAUGUGAAAGUAAAAAAUGGGCCGUUUGAAAUAAGCCUGCACAAAAAAAAAAAAAAAAAUCCAGUAUCAAUAAACUUUCAAAAUGUCUAACAACUCAUAACUGAUAUGGUGCCAAUAUAUAUUGUGGAUUCCUAAAUGAGAUAUACCUCUUUAAAGGGAAUGUGAAUACGAAGAGCUCAUGGUAAGAUGUGUUUGAUUUAAUUAUCAUUGAGCUUUACAUUCAGCGAAAAUACUGAAACUCAAACAUUUAGACCAAAGCAUACCAAUAAAUGUUUACAGAGGACAGAAUGCUAGUUUUCUUGUAAAACAACUUUUUGUCAUUGUACUUUUCUCAUUGAACUUGAGAACUGCUCACAGGACACCUAAUAUGUUAGGAACCCACAUGACAUCAUAGAUGAGCCCGGAAAAGUCAAGAAUUUGAGUCUGUUUUGAUCGAUGGUACUGUCAACACAGUAAUUCAACCUACAAACCUUACAGACAUAUUUCUAUUCAGAAUUAGUCUGUAUGUCAUUAAAUAUAGUCUAUUCCCAAUGAUUAGUCAGACUGUGAAGAUGUAUUCCACAUGGCUUCCAGAUGCUGUUUUCAGUCUAAAGGGAAAUUAAAUCCACACCAGUCUCGCUCCACAUCUUCACCUAGGGAAACUGGACUUUCACAUUCUGGUUAGUGUCAAAGCAAAGCCUUUUCACGUCAUUCAGAGCUUUUCAACGACAUUUGGGGUGUAAUAAUUGGUCACAAAUGACCUGGAGCCAAUCAAAUUGUGUUUUGUGUCAUUUGAUAAGAUUCUUUUCAAUCAGGUCAUGGGGUUAGGAAAAGUGCAUAAAGGCUGCGUGCAUUUGAUACCAGUUCUGUAUUUGUACAAUUGUAUAUUUCACUCACAAAAAUAAAGUUAUUUUGUUUUAUAUUGUAAAACAGACAAAGAAUUUGUGC